AUGGGGGUUAGCGGAGCAGGUAAGACUACACUGCUGGAUGUGUUGGCCGGGAGAAAAACAGGUGGAUAUAUAGAGGGAAACAUUUGCAUAAAUGGAUAUCCGAAGAAACAAGAAACAUUUGCAAGAGUAUCAGGAUAUUGUGAACAAAAUGAUAUCCACUCUCCUCAUGUGACAGUGUAUGAGUCCCUUGUGUACUCUUCAUGGCUUCGGUUGCCUCCUGAAGUUAAUUCAGAAACAAGAAAGAUGUUUAUCGAAGAGGUCAUGGAGCUCGUAGAGCUGAAACCACUUAGAGAAGCCCUUGUUGGAUUGCCUGGAGUUAACGGGUUAUCUACUGAGCAACGCAAGAGACUUAAUAUUGCAGUGGAGCUUGUUGCCAACCCUUCGAUAAUAUUCAUGGAUGAGCCUACAUCAGGACUCCAUGCACGGGCUGCUGCCAUUGUUAUGAGAACUAUGAGAAACACUGUAGACACUGGAAGAACAGUGGUUUGUACUAUACAUCAGCCUAGUAUUAACAUAUUUGAAGCUUUUGAUGAGAUAAACUCCCUGAAAAGGGUGAAAAAAAAUUCACUCGGGAGGUUUGCAACAAUAAAACUAGCGAAUCUCUUCCUAAUGAACAGAGGAGAGGAGAUAUGA